AUGACUCUCAAGCUCAAGCCAUCCUCUGCUCCUUCUACACCCUUCUCGUGGGACAUACCCUCGCCCUCGGCCAGCUCAGAGGCUGGCGUUCCUCUCUCACCACCGACCUCAUGGCUGCCUGCGCGUGAUAUGAAGAUCUUUGGGGCACGACCCCUCACGUCUACUUCAGAUAUCGGUCUCGUCAAGUGUGGCGAUUGUGGUAAACCCAUACUACGGAGCUUCAUAUUAGAACACUCAGACACAUGUGCCCUCAUCCGAAGUGGAGGAAAGAAAGGCGCCAAGGGCAAGGCCAAUGCUGCAGACGGUGACGACAAGAAAGGAGGCAAGAAGCGCAAGGCGUCUCCCUCACCGGACGAGCCGUCAAAGAAGAAGGCCAAGCCCGCGACAAAGGUGACCAAAGGGCGCAUGAAGGGUCCCGUGGACUAUGACAAGCAGUGCGGUGUGAUCAACGACAAAGGCAUGCCAUGCUCGCGUUCGCUGACAUGCAAAUCGCACGCCAUGGGCGCUAAGCGCGCCGUGCAAGGGCGCUCACGCAAGUACGACGAACUGCUGCUCGAGUGGCAACGCGCGAACAACCCCAACUUUGUCGAGCCUGUAAAGCGCGAGACUAAAGCCGAGAAGAAGGAGAAGAGGGAGAAGGAAAAGUUGGAAAAGAAGAGGCUUGCGGGCGAGGCUGCUGCGGCGCUUGGCGUGGAUCCAGCGACGAUGAGCAAGAAACUAGCUGCGGCGGGUUCGAGCAAGAAGAUUGGGAAGAAGGCCGCUGCUGCUGCGGCCGCGCAGCAGAGGUUGGCGGAGGAGCUGAGGGAGGAUGUCGAUGAGGAUGUUGAGGAGCUGGACUCGGAGGUCGAGGUGGAGGAGUUGAUCAAGAGCGUGCGCGUGGCGAAAGAGAACGGGGUUAUUGGCGUACCUCUGGCUGUCCCUUGCGAUGCGGGGACUUGGUUUAUUCAAAGAAGGGAGCGUGUGAGGUGCUGUCGAGAUCUGCUCUUCAACGCAUUGGGAAGCGCUGGUGGAACAGGGGCACCUGGGAGCAUGAUCACUUCUACCAUGGGAUUGAUGAACAGGAGUACAAGUUUGACUGCCGGAAAUCCUGGCGGUAUACUGCGACUGGCUUGA